AUGCCACGAACGUUCGAGGAAGAAUGCGGGUUCAUCGACCGACUUUCUGACUGUAAAUUUAAAAUCAAAAAGGGCUUCGUACCGAAUAUGAACGUAGAAGGCCGGUUUUAUGUGAAUAACCGGCUCGAGCAGCUCAUGUUCGACGAGCUCAAGUUCUCGUGUGACGGACAAGGAAUCGGAGGAUUCCUGCCGGCCGUCCGACAGAUUGCCAACGUGGCAUCGCUUCCCGGAAUCGUCGGAUACUCGGUCAGUUCCCUUCCAAAUUAAAAGCGAAUGGAAAUGAGUUCAGAUCGGACUGCCGGACAUUCAUUCCGGAUACGGAUUCUCCAUCGGCAACAUCGCCGCGUUCGACGUCGGCAAUCCAGAAUCCGUGAUUUCGCCCGGCGGCGUCGGAUUCGACAUCAAUUGCGGAGUGAGACUUUUGAGGACGAAUCUGUUCGAAGACGACAUCAAAUCGCACAAAGAGCAACUGACUCAGUCCCUUUUCGAUCACAUUCCGGUCGGCGUCGGAUCUCGUGGAGCCAUUCCGAUGCUCGCGUCGGACCUGGUCGAAUGUCUCGAGAUGGGAAUGGAUUGGACAUUGCGAGAGGGAUAUUCAUGGGCGGAAGACAAAGAACACUGCGAGGAAUACGGGCGGAUGCUGCAGGCGGACGCGUCGAAAGUGUCGUUAAGGGCCAAAAAGAGAGGAUUACCUCAAUUGGGUACUCUCGGAGCGGGAAACCAUUACGCAGAGGUGCAGGUGGUCGAUGAAAUAUACGACAAGCAUGCGGCCAGUACGAUGGGAAUCGACGAGAAGGGCCAAGUGGUCGUCAUGUUGCACUGUGGGAGCCGAGGAUUGGGACAUCAGGUAGCGACGGAUUCGUUGGUCGAGAUGGAGAGGGCAAUGGCGAGGGACAACAUCGUGGUCAACGACAAACAGCUCGCGUGCGCCAGAAUCGAUUCUGUGGAAGGUAGAGAAAGAGGAAGUCAUCUCGAAAAGUUCGCAACUUUCAGGGAAGAACUACUUUGCCGGAAUGGCGGCGGCAGCCAACUUCGCCUGGGUCAAUCGCUCGUGCAUCACAUUCUGUGUGCGGAAUGCGUUUCAGAAGACGUUCGGAAUGUCGGCGGAUGACAUGGAUAUGCAGGUUAUAUACGACGUCUCCCACAAUGUUGCCAAGAUGGAAGAGCACAUGGUGGACGGCAGGCCGCGGAAGUUGUGCGUGCAUCGAAAGGGAGCCACGAGAGCCUUCCCGGCCCAUCACCCGCUCAUUCCUGUCGACUAUCAAUUGAUCGGACAGCCCGUUUUGAUCGGAGGAAGCAUGGGAACUUGCAGUUACGUCUUGACGGGCACGGAACAGGGACUCGUCGAAACAUUUGGAACCACCUGCCAUGGAGCCGUACGUAGUUUUAGUUUUCCCCUAAUCGGUGAAAAGGCGCUACAGCAGAACAGAAUUGGCACGGAAUAGAACUGUUACGAUUUGGAACUCGCAACGGUAAAAUACAACUGCGAGUUCCAAAUCGUAACAGUUCUUUCUAUUCCAUGCGAGUUCUACUUCGUUGUAGCGCCGGUGAUAAUAUUGAAUUCAGGGAAGAGCACUUUCGAGAGCCAAAUCGAGGAGAACAAUCACAUGGGACUCAGUGAUUAGUGACCUAAAAAAGAAAGAGAUCUCGAUUCGAAUCGCUUCGCCGAAGUUGAUUAUGGAGGAGGCGCCAGAGUCGUACAAGGAUGUGACAGAUGUAGUUGACACGUGUGACGCAGCUGGAAUCAGCAAAAAAGCGGUCAAGCUGAGGCCUAUCGCAGUCAUCAAAGGAUAA